UCCAAGAAAGGUAACUCUGCGAUGUAAACAAAUCAAGAGAACGGAUUUUAAAAAAGGCUAAUUUUACCUACAGGUCAUACACGAUAGAUACAGAGGCUGGCACUUUUUAAAACAUCAUCUAAUAAUCAAAGAUGCCAGAUUCUGCAACAGAGCCUUGGUCAUUGGAGAGUUCCACGCAAAAUCUGCCUACAACAAAUGUCAGUUCAUUCCUUUCUUCAGCUUUAAACAAAGUGGUGUCUCAGACAACAGGAAUCUUCACAAAUGAUUCCAGCACAGCAUCAACACCUGGCAUUACAACAGAUUCCCUUCAAACCUCGACCCCCUGGAUGCCCGCCCAGAGAACGCCCCACCCGCUGACCGGGAAGGACCACACGGUGCUGGUGACCCUGAUCGUGAUGGGGAUCAUCGUACCCUCCGUGUUCGUGUUUGUCAUCGUGUCCAUUUGCUACAGACAGAAAAAGAUGAUACGACAAAGAAGAGAACAAAUGCUACUUCGAAACCAGCAGGAUUUUGCAAUGGAUGAGUUACCAUAUUCCAUGCGGGCUACACUGGCCUCCGGAAAGUUAUGACCCGAAUAAAAGGAGGAAACAUUUGUCAAAUGAACAUACUUCAAUGUAUUCCGUCGUUGUGAAUCAAUUUUCUGCAAUUUUUGCAAUUCCAAGUUCAUGCUUUAUUAAAUAUUAUGUUCAAUGAAUUAGAUGUUGUAAGUUUAUAUUUAAAAAAAGAACAACUUUUUUUAUUUAUUGAGGAUGUUGUGCCUUACAAAGAUACCCAUGUCCGACGAAUAAACAAAUUACAGAUUUUUGAAACAAAUAAUAGAAGAAACGCAUUACAGUUAUUGAGUCUUUAGAACAUGUAAAAGGGAGAGAGAAAGGUAGCUCCGUUGAUUGUUACAACUGAAAAGAAAUGAAAGCAAUUGUAAUUUGUUUCUAUCAGUUUAUGUUGCUGAAUCAUAUGUGGUUUUAAUGCUUGUACAAAAGUGCUUUGAAAACUCUGACAGUCCAUGGGUCUCACCCAAUUGCAGAAUUUAUGUAAUGUUUAUACAUAUGUUUGAUUUAAGAUGCGAUAACUUGAGGGCUUCGGCAUUGUGCACAUAUUUUGUUCUCAAGAUCAGACAAAGAUGGCGUGUGGCGUUUGAUACAUGCAUCUUGAUCUGAUAAGUGUUUGUAUUACAUGACAUUGAUUGAUGUAUUGAUAGAUUUAUCACAACGUUGAUUUCAAAUCAAAUUGAAGAAGCCAAAUAUUUUUUUUUUAUUGUAUCCUAUUCACUCCCAAUAACCUGUUGAAAGAUAGGAAAAAUAUAAGAAAUGCACACACAAGAAGUACAAGUUAUAUUUACAUUUUAUAUCACUACUAAUGAAUGCUAUUUUUUUUUUUUUAAAAGAUCAUUGUCAUUCGUUAGGAUUUUUACUAGGGUUCAUUUAUAUUUAUUAAUUUCAUUAAAUCAUUACCUAAUUUUCAAGUCUAUACAUAUGAUGUACUUAUAUCAUACUGUAUUUGAUUUAGAUUAUAUUUUUUCUGCGUCUAGUUACUAGACUAGUAUCCAUGACAUUUUAAAGUGCAAUUUCGCUGAUCGAGUACUGGUUAAUAUCUUAAUUCUUUGCAAACAAAAUUACUCGAUAGAAGUUUUCUGUUUGCUCCCUUACAAUACACUCCUCGUUCAUCAAUUUUUCUGUCCAAUUUUUGCAAUGUGCCAUAUAUGAUGUUGGUUUAUGAAUUCGAUUUUAUAUAGGAAUCAUACGUUUAUUUUUGUGUAUACGUAUACAAUUGAAAACAAAUCUAUUGUUCAGUUCUACGAAUUCAUUGAGUGCUUACAUGCAACAGCUAUUUCUUCAGAUUGAAAUUCCCUUGGAAAUUAAGUUUGAUGUUGCUGUUUUUAAGACUCCAGGGUUCAAAGUUUGAGCUAAUACAUGGACUAGAAUGUGUAAUGCAAUUUAUUGAAAUUAAAGAGUUUUGGGGGGACUAUAAGUAAGUACAUUAUAUUCUUAUAUACUUUUAGAAUGUAUAUUUACAUAUUAUAAUGUAAAUAUAUAAUAUAUUUGCCAAAUUGAUCGAAUUAUAAAUUGGCAAUUUUUACAUAUUGUAAUGAUGAAGUUAUAAUCAAGUAAAACUGGUAUUUUAAGUUGUUAAUGGCAUCCUUGAUUACUUUCCAUAAUUUAUUAAUGAAUCCACUGAGGAUUAAAAAAAAUUCCAGGUUAUUGCAUGUACAUUAUUCCUUUGUUGUAUUGCUGUUUUCUUUGAAGUUCAAUACAUAAUUAAAAUGUUUAUGGUUGUCACGUUUGUCGAAUGAUUAUUAUUACUUUAAUAAAACAAUAUUGCUAAACUUUUAGUAAAUUGAUGAUAUGAAAUUAAAUCGAAGUUGUGAAUUUUUA